AUGGCGGAAAAAGUGGACAAGUACCUGAAACCCAGAAUGCGGUUGUAUACCCUUAUUCGUCAGGCUGACGAAAACGAUGGAUCGAGAGUCAAGAAGCGGACCUACUGGGAUAAAUACCCGGAUCUCAAACUAUUUAGGCAGUUGGGAAAGAGACGUCUCAUCAGUUUCAUGUUCUUUUCUUAUCUUUUCAUGCUGACUGCUUCUGAAUACACCCGCAUUAUUCAUUACGGAGUGGGAGUUGUAGUUGCUCAAACUGCAAUCAGUGUCUUCAUCGUGCUCAGUGUUCUGUUUUUUGACUACGGAAUCAAUGACUGCAGAGUUGCAAUGAUCAUACCGUUUAUGUCUACUGUGAUGGCCGCUCUCUCGUGUUACAUUUGUAUGUUCGGAUACAUAGCAUAUUCUGUUCUCUAUGUCCCACCAUACCACUACUUCCUCCUUGGUUUUCACUUCUAUCUCUUCUCAAUAACUACCGGGGUAACCUUUAUUCUGGCGAAAGGGGCUGAUAUGUUGUGGCAAGGAUUUUUCUUGUUGGUUGAUUUGGGUGCGGACGAGGGACUUUUGGAGAAGUUGAGAACUAACGCAACGUGGGAAAGGGAGCCGAUUAUUGAGAAAGGAAAGAAAAACAAGAGGAAGACAGGAACAAGAUAUUUGAUUGCUGAGAGAAGAAGAUAUUAA